AUGCCUCCUGAACAACGCCAGACCGAACGACCCUCCUACUUCACUAUCAAAACCCCCGGCCGGCUUCCUGCUAUCAGCCCCCGCGGACUGAGCGGAUUGGGUGAUCCUUCAGGGUCUCCAUCGGUCCUUCCGAAACCAAAGGCGUCGCCGGCUUUAUCGCCAUCGGCAGGACAGCGUUCCAAGCCAUACCAAGCGACAUCUAAUCCGGAUUACUUCUCCCUGGGAACCGAAUCUAACGUGGACCACAAAGAACCUGCUUUCGUAACUCGCGAGAAUUUCCGUCUGACAACAGCACCAGUUAAACCAUUUAGCGCAGCGAUACCGAAUCAACUUCCUGUGGAAGUGAACCCCGAGUUCGAAACGUUUCGCCGGCAGAUUGAGGCAAAUUGCACCCGAUCCACGUUCACUCUGUCGGGUACUCCCUUUACUUUGACGUCAAGUGCUUCCGCUCCGUCACUACAAAAGCUUGCUCUCCCGCGGAAUCGCCUCCAGAACCGGUUCCACAGACCUGGGGUGGCGGAGAAUGUGCAGGUGCUGCCCCAGAGCUCAUCCGACGAUUUCAGCUCGCUCAGCAGCAAGGAGAAUAGCGUUAGUUUUGGGAAUCAGCAAGAGGAAGUCGAUGGCGCAGGGGAGCAGCUGAGGAUUCGCACUCCAAACCUUUUUUCCAAUGAGCCCUCUCCUGUUUCAUCUGAACCGAGUCCUUAUGCCUGCAAUCUUACACGGAGCCAGAGUGUUAACUUUCCUCUCUCUAAGCUUUCUGGGCCCCUUUCAGGACUCUCCUUAGGAGGACGCAGUAGGGUCGGCUCCCGCGCGUCGUCAGCUUCUUUGCAUCAGCCGUCGUUGGUAGAGGAAGCCGAGACUACUGGCGGCCCUACCAUGAUAUCCCCUGUUGAGCUCAGGGACCUGUUGGAAAAGGACCAUGACGGCACUCAUGUCUUGCUUUUAGAUCUCCGCGUGUCUCCACAGUUUGCGCGGUCGCGGGUUCGUGGUGCCUUGAACUUAUGCAUCCCUACGACUCUCUUGAAGAGAGCUACCUUUGACUUGCAGAAGCUUCAACAGACCUUUCAGGUGGACCGCGAUCGCGAGAAGUUUUCUCGUUGGCGCAGCACUACGCAUCUGGUUGUGUACGAUGCGAGCUCUUUCAACAAGCGCGAUGCCAUAUCGUCGGUGAACAUGAUCAAGAAGUUCACUAAUGAAGGCUAUACAGGCUCGACGAACAUCCUUCGUGGGGGUUUCAACGCUUUUGCGGCCGCCUAUCCGGGUUUCGUCGACCACUCUGAGGGAGGACCGCCGCCGAGCCUGUCCCUAGGGCCAAUUCCAAACAGUUCGGGUGCUUCGCGACCGGGCGUGCCCCCGGUGAUUGGUGGUUGUCUGAUCCCGAAGGGAGGAAACAUUUCCAAUCCAUUCUUCGACAAUAUCCGACAGAAUCAGGACCUAAUCGACGGAGUCGGCCAGAUCCAAAUCAACCUCCCUCCGGGCCUUGCACAGAAUUCUCUGCCGCGCUGGCUUCGCGAGGCCUCCGAGCCUGGCGACGCUGGCAAGAAAGUCUCGGAGAAGUUCCUGCGCAUCGAAAUUGCCGAGCAGGCACGCAUGCGGGACGCCUACUCUUUCGGCCAGUCUCGAGAUGUUAAUGUGGCGCCUGCCGGUCCAAAAGUACAGCUCUCUGGUAUUGAAAAAGGCACGAAAAACCGGUACAGGGACAUUCUGCCGUUCGAGCAUGCCCGAGUCAAGCUCCAGGGACGCCCUGAGGGUGCAUGUGACUACGUCAACGCGAGCCAUAUUCGCGCAAAGAGGAGUAACAAGCGAUACAUUGCCACUCAGGGGCCUCUGCCCGCGACGUUCGAGGACUUUUGGUCCGUUGUUUGGGACCAAGACGUGCGCACCAUUGUCAUGUUGACAGCCGAGACGGAGGGUGGGCAGCUAAAAUGCGAUGCUUACUGGAAGGGCAAUGACUUUGGUCCCAUCCAGCUCCGCGUAUUAUCCGAGAAGAAGGUUUCCCUGGAGAUCGACAGGCAUCGCUCUCCGCGUGCUAGUCCUCUGGGAAGCCAUGGCUCAUCUCCGGAUAUCUCGGAAAACGCUCGUCGGCGAGCUAACACCACGACGACGCUGCGGUCCGGUAUCCAAACCGACAAACCCUUCAACUUUGCCCUCCCGUCAGCCGGACCACCGAGCGAGACUCCGUACGUCAUUAUUCGCAAGUUUGCUCUCACCCAUACAUCAAACCCCUCCGCUCAGGUGCGCGAGGUCACCCAGCUGCACUACCCGUCCUGGCCCGAUUUUGGCGCCCCUGCGCAGCCGAGUCAUCUCCUGGCUCUUGUUGAAUUGGCCAACACCAUCGAACAGGGAGCGCUCCCUGUUGAUGUGCCCGCGACGUUGUCUGCCUCGGUAUCUUUGGCGCAGCAGUUUGGUCUUCGUAGGCCAAGCGGAUCGGCACCUCCGGCAUCUGAUAAAGCAGGUUCGGGAAGCUGGACACGGUCGGCUAACUGGAACGUCCAUGGUCCCGAGAACAACGCGAAUCCCCGGCCGAUGCUGGUACACUGCUCCGCCGGAUGCGGCCGUACCGGGACAUUUUGCACGGUCGACUCUGUCAUUGACAUGCUGAAGCGCCAGAGGCAGCACGUGAUGGCAAAAAAUAUGAGACAGGCUUCUCUUGACGGUCAAGUUGAGCAGAAUGCCCCAAGUGGGGUUAGCCCUGAAUGCGACAACGCCACCCCAAGCACCUCUCACACCGACACAGGCGACCUGGACACGGCCUGGCUGGACGAUGAUACCAUCGACCUCAUCGCACAAACGGUCGAGGACUUCCGCGGCCAGCGGCUAAGCAUGGUGCAAAGCCUUCGACAGUUUGUGCUGUGCUACGAGACCGUUCUCGAGUGGAUCGCACGGCUGCAACAACAAGAGAAUGGGACAGCGAUGGCAGGAACGGUGGCGGCCAUGGGAGGACGGAGUCGGAGUGAGAGUUUCGAAUUUUAA